AAACUAGAGGCUUUGUGCACAAACAUCCCAGCUGACGCAAACGGUGAAGACACAAUCUGUCCACUGAGGACAUGGGGAUCCUUUACUCUGAGCCAAUCUGCCAAGCUUCAUAUCAGAAUAACGUAGAUGAAGUCAAGCUCUUGCUAGAUGAAGACAUCAAAGUCUUAAAUGUACGUGAUAGCUGUGGUGGAGAUACUCCUCUGAUCUGUGCCUGUAGAAAAGGACACGUUCGAGUGGCAAGUUAUUUACUGUCCAUGAAAGCAGAUGUAAACCUCACAAAUAAUAAAGAAAGGACAUGUUUGCACUAUGCUGUAAGACGAAGAUUUACAUUCCUGGACUACCUGCUAAUAAUUAUUUUAAUGCCGGUUUUGCUUGUUGGAUAUCUUAUCAUGAUUUCAAAGACCAAGCAGAAUGAGAAAUUAAUACGGCUGUUAAUAGAGUAUGGAGUGGAUGUUAAUGUGCAAGAUUACCUAGGAAACACUGCUCUUCAUUAUGCAUGCAAGAUGAAAAGUCAAACUAUUGUACCAAUUCUUUUUGACGCACAAGCAGAUCCGUAUAUAAAGAACAAGGAUGGAGAGAGCCCAAUGGAUAUUGCAACGAGGUUAAAAUUCACCAAAAUCACGAGCUCCCUAAAGAAGUCAUCCUGAAAUGGAAGUUGAAUGGUCUGUAGCUAUGCAUCUCUCUCUGUGCACUGGUCACAUUUAAAAAUGUACAUACUUAUGCUGUAAUGUCUCUUUGAGACAGAAGUUAAUGUUGGAUGUCUAUUUAAUAUUGCGUGUUUCUUUGAAAAUGGUCUCUUUUUAGAGGGUUUUACUGUGCAAAUGGUUUAGUUCACGAAAAACUGUUUAAGCACAUAUUU